AUGACGUCAUCUUUCCUUAGGAUUUUCCGCAAUUUCUCGCUGAGACAGGCGACAUACAACAUUGCAAAGUACCUAUCGGACAUACUCGGAAACAUAACUGGAAAAACCGAGUCCCAUGUUCGCAACAGUUUCGAUUUUGCUGAGGAAAUAACGGGGUUUCAGACAAACGAGGAUGAGGUACUUUUCUCGUUGGAUGUGGUUUCACUGUACACAAAUGUACCAGUAGACUUUGCAUUGGAAUGUCUUGAGGAGCGAUGGGAGGAAGUGGAACAACAUACCAACAUAGACAAAACGAGUUUCAUUGACGCUGUCAAGCUGGUUCUGGAGUCGACUUUUUUUGUAUACCAAGGAAAGGUAUAUGGACAAACGUUUGGCGUACCCAUGGGAUCUCCACUUUCCCCAGUAAUUGCUAACGUGGUUAUGGAAAAGCUGGAACAGGAGUGCAGGAACAAACUGGAGGAAGAGCAAAUCAGUUUGAGGCUGUAUCGAAGGUAUGUAGAUGACUGCAUGUGUGUUGCUAAGAAUGAACACAUCCAAAAGAUUGUGGACACAUUCAACAGCUUCCAUGAUCGACUUCAAUUCACUGUUGAAGUAGAAAUGGAAGGGAAAAUAAAAUUUCUUGACAUGAUGUUAGAAAGAAAGGACAACAGCAUUUCAACUACCUGGCUACCAAAGCAGUCAAAUGGAAGGUACCUUGACUAUACAUCCCAUAGUCCCUUCCAACACAAGAAAAACACGGCGAUCGCUCUCAUUGACCGUGCAAUUAAACUGACAGGUGUUGAAAAACGUGAAGAUGCGCUGAAACAAGCAACACACAUCUUGAGGAUAAAUAAUUAUCCUCUGUGGUUUAUACAGAGGAUAAAAUCAGAAAGAGUCCACAAGCAUUACAACUCGCUACAAUCGAACGACUGUGAACAUCAGGUUCUGAAAUAUGUUUCAGCGCCCUACAUACCCUGUCUCAGCGAGAAAUUGCGGAAAAUCCUAAAGAAAGAUGAUGUCAUCCUUGCUUCAAGACCACAAAACAAAAUAAAACACAAACUGUUUAGCAAAAUGAAGGAUCCGAUCCCACCAGGAAAACAGAAAAACGUGGUGUAUUCUAUUCCUUGUGGAACGGACGACAACAAGGUUUACAUCGGCCAAACGAAAAGAAUGCUUGAAGUGAGGAUCGCAGAACACAGGAAUGACUUCAUGGAAGAGGGACAUGUAUUCGACUUCAAUAAAACUAAAAUUUUGAAUCGAAUACAAGACCAGGCGAGCAGAACAAUUGCGGAAGUAUUCCAAAUAAAAAAACAAGGCGACGCGCAUACGGUCAACCUACAGCGGGAGUGUGGUAUAUUUGAUACAACCUACAACGGUCUAUUGGCGGAGUUGAGAAGAAUACCUGAGAGGAGAGAACGGACGAAUGACUGA